UGCACUCCCACACACUUUGCACUUCCUACAUCACACAUCAAAAAAUAAAUUUCAAAAUUCUACAAAAAUACAAACACUUUUCUUUUUCCCUUUUUUAUUUUUUAAUUCUCCUUCCUUUUUAUUAUAAAUCCAUAUUUAUCAUUCCAUCACGUCUCUUCUUCUUCUUCGUCGGGGGUUUCGAAGCUCUGCGUAUGCUUUGAAAUUUCUCUUUCUUUUCUCUCUCUUCAAUGGCGGACUUUAAGCUUGCUUUGUUGUCGAUUUUUCUCCUUUUUUCGCUGACUUUUAGCGGCGUGUUAGCAGAAUCCGAGGAUUCGGAAGUUCGAUCGGUUUCUAAAGAUGAUUCUUCGUCUCUUAAGCUUGAAUUCGACCAGCUUAAGUCUAAGAUCCAACUUCUAGAGACUCGGCUUGAUGAGAGCAAUGCAAAUCUGAAAAUAAAGGAUGAAAAAAUCUCACAAUUGGAGAAGGGCAUUCAGGAGAAGUCGGACAUUGUUGCAUCAUUGAAAAGCGAGAUAGAGGCUGCUCAGCAAAAGGGAACAUCUGAUGCUGAGGAGCGGGUCGGAAAGGCUCAUGCUCAAGCUAGUGAGUUGCAGAAGGAGGUUGACAAGUUGAAGAAAGAAGUUCAAGAGCAGAAAAGGAAAAAGGAGGCCUUGGAAGCUCGAGCAAAAGAAUCAGAGAACAAAUUUGAGGAACUGAGCUCGAAAUUAGACAAGCUUCAGAAGAUCAAUGAUGAACAGAAGAGCAGAAUUCGCAAAACUGAGCGUGCGCUUCAAGUGGCAGAGGAAGAGAUGAUGAAGGCUAAAAUGGAGGCCACCUCUAGAAGUAAGGAGUUGAUGGAGGUCCAUGGUGCAUGGCUUCCACCUUGGCUCUUGGAUCAUGCCCUUCGUUCUUGGUCUUUCAUAGAGGUUAAGUGGAUUGAGCAUGGAAAACCUGUUAUGGAGGUUUUUGUUCAGAAGGCACUGGAGAAGAAAGGUCAAGCUGAAAUUUGGGCUCAACCUCACAUUGAAACUGUCAAGACUAAAUGGGUCCCAGCGGUGAAGGAGCAAUGGGUGGUGGUAACGGAGUAUGUUGAACCUCAUAUCCAGACGCUAACAGCCAAGUCUGCUGAGGCAUAUGAGACGACUAAGAUUGCUGUUAAGCCACACAUUGUUAAAGUACAAGAGUUGGCGGACCCUUACUAUCAGGAAGUGAAGAAAUUUAGCAAGCCAUACAUUGAGCAGGUUGCCACUGUGGCAAAGCCUCAUGUUGAAAAAGCAAGGACUACCUUGAAGCCAUAUACUAAGAAGGCAGUUCAUGUAUAUGGGAAAUUUCUGGAAUCAGCAACCACAUAUCAUGAACAGGUCCAAGCUACAGUUCAUGAUAAGCUAAAGCAACACGAGCUUACAAGACCUCUAGCGACAAAGGAAUUGGUUUGGUUUGUGGCCUCUGCUCUUUUGGCCCUUCCUGUCAUAUAUUUAUUUAGAAUUUGCUCAGCAAUGUUCUGCAAAAAAUCAAUGAAGCCUGCUCGUAAUACCCAGGCUCAUCAUGCACGCCGUAAGGGUAAAAGGGGACAUUCAGACAAAUAAAUCUUCAGUGUCUAGUUUGCUUUGGGUUUGUGGCAUGUCUGAGGCUGAAAGGAUCGUUGGAGUUUUUAGAGCCAAUUGAUGUAACAGCAUCAAUCAUCCACUGAGAGGGUUUCCUUACUAGGCUAAGUUUUUCGUUCUUUUGUAUUAAUUCUUUUGGUAAAAAUAUGUCGAGUGGCCUAUGUUGCUGGAGUUAGAAGCUGUACUAUUAAUGGAAUAGGCUGUUUUUUAAUUUGUUUGGGGUACUGAUUUUCUUCUCAUUUUCACCUAUUUUGUAAUUUCUCCCACAGAAGUGCUAGGUUAUAGUAGAUAGCGUUUUUGGAGAUUUAGAUGAUUUCCACUAUCAUAGUCAUCUGUCAAAGACUAGAAUAUCAUCUGUUGUAUUAUGAUAAGACUAGUGUUACUUGUUGGGUAAUUGUUUUUAUUUUAGUGGAGCUGCAAAUUGACAACUUGUAGAUCUUAUAUACUUUAGAUUCAUAAAUUUAUAUUGAUAAUCUUUAAGUUUA